AUGGCCUACAUCCACUUCGAUGAAGCCAAGCGGUCGGAAGUGUCUGGCAUUAAGGCGGACGUUACGUAUUUUUACGAGCCGGAUCAUGGGAGCUACUACUAUGGUGAGGGCCAUCCUAUGAAACCACAGCGGAUACGCAUGGCUCAUGACUUGGUCGUCGGCUACGGCCUCUAUAAGCAUAUGACGGUUUAUCGCCCACAUGUCGCCACCGAUGCUGAGUUGACCAACUUCCAUGGAGAGGAGUACAUAUCGUUCCUCAAGAUUGCGAACGCUGAUAAUGUUCGUGAUUAUACGUCGCAGUCCAAACGAUUUAGAGUGGGGGAUAUUAUCACUGAUUGCCCAGUUUUCGACGGCCUAUACGAUUUUCAGCGUACGCUGGCUGGGGGUAGCUUGGACGCAGCUCAUGAGCUAUGUUCUAGAAACGCUGAUAUAGCGAUCAAUUGGGCCGGAGGUCUACACCAUGCAAAGAGAAAUGAAGCAUCGGGCUUCUGUUAUGUCAACGAUAUCGUCCUUGCUAUACUGGAGCUCUUGAGGUUCCACCCGCGGGUCCUCUAUAUUGACAUUGACGUGCAUCAUGGCGACGGUGUUGAAGAGGCGUUUUACCAAACAUCGCGAGUGAUGACGGUGAGCUUCCACAAGUACGGCGACUUUUUUCCAGGGACGGGUGAUAUAAGUGAUAUUGGCACUGGCGAGGGAAGAUUUUACGCACUUAAUGUGCCCUUGGACGAGGGCAUCACUGAUGACCUUUUUUCGGACCUAUUCAAGACCAUUAUUACUCGUGUAGUCGAGAUAUAUCAGCCAGGAGCAAUAGUCCUACAGUGCGGUGCCGACUCUCUCGCACAUGAUCGGCUAGGCCGAUUUAACCUCACACUGCAAGGUCAUGCUAAUUGUGUUCGGCUGGUCAAGAGUUUCGGCAUACCACUGUUGUUGCUGGGUGGAGGCGGGUAUACUAUACGUAACGUAUCACGUUGCUGGGCCUACGAAACGGCUGUAGCGCUGAAUCGAGAUCAGGAUCUAUCUAAUCAACUACCAAUGAACGAUUUUUGGCACUAUUAUGCGCCAGACUAUAAACUGCAAAUACAACCUGUGGCCGCUCUGCACAAUCUGAACGCUCCCAGCGCUCUGGACAAGGUUAAGACGGAAUGUCUGAAGAACGUAGAGCUCUUGAAACACGCUCCAGGGGUAGAAUUCGCAUAUUUGCCUAGUGAUGUUAUCGAGACCGCGAAAAGGCGAGAAGAUUUCUACGAGGCGCAACUCGGGGAACUAAGGAACUGUAUUCGGGCGAGCGUUGAGUUCAACCUCUCGAGAGGGCAACGACAGGAGCGUCUCCAGAUAGUGUCUGAGGAGCAGGAGCUUCUGGACGAGGAUAAUGACAAUUAUACCGAACGAGCUGUACGUGCUGAUAUGUUGUUACACGCAUAUAGGAUGGGGUAUUCUAAGAAGCGACGUAGGAAUGAUGCUGAUGAAGAUGACGAAGAAGGAGGCUAUAGAGAUUAA